GCUUCCUGUGCUUCGCAUCGGCUCCCGGCGCCAUGUCCCCCUUGGACCUGGCCACCGUGCGUGCCAGAGACCGGGACCCAUGGCAGAAGCUGGAGAUUCCAACCUUCGAGCAUAUGAUUUCCAUGCCGUGCCAUGAGCAAGCGCGGCAUUCUACAUGUGCCGUGCAGGAUAUGGCGGCGCGGUUCUCCCUUCCAGCCUGGGCAAGCCGUAUCAACGCAGCAUGUUUUGCUUCGGUGAUUGAUUUUGACGACAUGUGCUCUGCUGCCCAAGGGGUGGAGGGCUCCGAGGGGGUGGUGGCGGAUGAGGAGGCGGCGCUGAUCUGCCUGGCCGGUGCGUUGGACUUCGGCUCCGGAUGGCGCGAUGAGCUGCGGUGCUUCCAUGGCAAGAGCGCGUGGCAGACAGUCAAGCAAGGCAUCGAGAACCUGUCACUGAUGUGCCCCGAACUGCGAGCAGAUUGGCUUUCCAACCUCGCCGCCUCAGACGUGGCGAAAGUGUUUGGCCUUGAGCAUGCAGAAGGCUUGGAUGAGUUUGUCCAGCUGCUUCUUCGGGUGCUGAACGAGCUGGGCGACUCUUUGAUGAGAAGAAGCUGCAGGAGCCUGUCGGAGUUCAUGAUCACUCUGCUGGAAGAAGUCCGGGGAGAUGCACAAGCAGCUGCCAAGAUGGUGCGGGCGUUGGCAGACACGUUUCCGACUGCCUUCAAGGACCAGUCCUUCAUCAAGCACCUGCCAAUCUACUUCUACAAAAAGGCGCAGGAUGUGGUGUACGAGCUGUACGAGCGGUUCCAUCUUCAAGACAGCCGCUUUGACUUCCCUGACGUUGACUCACUGACGGGCAGUGUCGACCCAAUCAUCAUCAGCAUUCUGAGAAAAGAGCAGGUUGUGAUGACCACUCGCGACUUGGCCAUGGCAAUCGAAGGUGAAGUUGCCCUUCCGAGCGGUGAGUUGGCUGAAGUCUCCCUGCGCGCUGCUGCCGUGGCUGCUCUUGAGGAUAUCACACUGCCACCCGGCACUCUCUCGCAGAUUGCUGGUUCGAUGGUUGCAACAUGCCUGCCUUUGUUAUGUACGCACUCACACCCAUGUCCACUGACAGUGUAAGGCUUGCGCGUCUAAAGGGCUACCCAGUUUCUCCGGUGAUGCUGGGGCACUACCUGUGGGGCUGCUUGGGCAAGUCCGAUGGCUAUAUGUCAUCUCGGCGGCACAUCACCAGAGACACAACAUUUUACUGAACUGGGGCCGCGCGGCCCGCCGAAGAACACGGACCCUUCGUCCGUGAGGACUCUGUGUGUUGAAGCGGCUCAAAGCUCGCAACCAGCACGCUAUUUUCACCUCGCAGGAACCACGGGACAAGACGUCCUGUGAUAAGAACACGUGACGGGUGUGCUGGGCCAACAGCAGUUGUCCUGCGCUUUGGGCUUCCCACCUUUGCCGGAUCAGGUGCUGCCAGCGCACGCAA